AUGUACAGUUGUGGUCCCACUGUCUACGAUUACUUUCAUAUCGGUAACGCUCGCACGUUUCUAAUUUCUGAUAUCGUUCGUCGCUAUCUCGAAUAUAAAGGUUACACCGUCACGAUGGCUCAAAAUCUGACGGAUAUUGACGAUAAAAUUAUCAAUCGUGCAAAUGAGCAAGGGAUUGACACCUCUGAACUUGCUCAGAAAUAUGUGGAUGCCUAUUUUGAAGAUUCCAGCAAGCUAGGCAUUCGUGCGGCUGAUGUUCAUCCGAGAGCGACCGAGCAUAUUUCGGAGAUAAUUACCCUGAUUCAGGCGUUAAUUGACAAGCAGGCAGCUUACGAGAUCGAUGGAGACGUGUAUUACCGCGUCAACCACUUUGCGGAGUAUGGAAAGCUGUCUCAUCGCAAGCCGGAGGAUUUGCUUGCCGGCGCUCGCGUUGAGGUUGAUGAACGCAAGGAAGAUCCGCGGGAUUUCGAUCUCUGGAAAAAGUCGAAAGCGGAAGAGCCGUGGUGGGAUAGCCCGUGGGGGAAAGGCAGACCGGGGUGGCAUAUCGAGUGUUCUGCCAUGGCGAUGAAACACCUCGGUGAAACGAUUGAUAUUCACACCGGCGGACAUGAUCUCAUAUUCCCACACCAUGAAAAUGAGAUUGCCCAGAGCGAGGUGGUGACGGGCAAAACCUUUGCUCGAUACUGGAUGCAUGUGGCAUUCUUGCAGAUUGAUGGACGACGGAUGGGUAAGUCAGAGAGCAAUUUCAUCUUUGUCCACGAUGCUGUGCAGCAAUAUGCAGCUGAAGCGAUUCGUCAUUUUCUGAUUUCCGCGCAAUAUCGCCAUCCAUUAGAUUAUAACCCAACUAGCUUGACUGAAUCGAGCAGUGCUGUUCGACGGUUGAAUAACUGUUUUGAUGCCCUAAGACCGUAUCGAGACGCGGAUGGGGAUGUUUCUGAGGCGUUGAACGAUGCCGAAGCCAUGCGCACCCUCGAAUCUAUCAAUACGAUGCACCGCAACUUUGAAUCUGCAAUGGACGAGGAUUUUAAUACCGCUGGGGCAUUGGGGGCGAUCUUUAAGUGCGUCGGCGAGGUAAAUCAGUUUCUCACCGCAACCGAAGGUAUUUCUUCGGAUGAGAGGGGAAGCGUCCUAAGUCGAGCAUACAAAGGUUUGGUUGAGGUUUGUAGUGUACUUGGUAUAUACGCAGAGGAGGAAGUUGCCAGCGAUGCUCAUGCAGCCUUGACAGAGCAACUGAUGAGUCUCAUUUUGGAGGUGCGUGAGGAUGCUAGGCAACGCAAGGAUUGGGAAACGGCGGAUAAAAUCCGCGGUCAGUUAGAGCAACUCAACGUUGAACUUCAAGAUAGUCGGGGUGGAACAACUUGGAAGAUUAUCAAAGGGGUUCGCUAG